UCUCCUCCUUCCUUCAUCGUCUCGGUGUAUCAAUCUCUCUAUGGAUUUCCUUCUUCCUAGUAAAAGCCAACAGAACCGGCUGCUUCAAACCCUAAACCCUGCCCCCUUUUCCAUUCUCACUCUCAGGCACAGAACACAUCGAAAGCCCAAACCCAACCCGCAAAAUUCUAGGGUUUGUGUUUGCGGUUCCAUAAUGUCUCAGAACGGGAAGCUCAUCCCCAAUCUCGACCAGCAUAGCACCAAGCUCCUCAACCUCACUGUUCUUCAGCGCAUCGAUCCCUUCGUCGAGGAAAUCCUCAUCACCGCUGCACACGUCACCUUCUACGAGUUCAACAUCGACCUCUCCCAAUGGAACCGCAAGGACGUCGAGGCAUCCUUCUUCGUUGUCAAAAGGAACACACAACUGCGAUUUCAGUUUAUUGUGAUGAACCGUUGCUUCCAUGAAUCUUUUCCGUUAUUGCACUCUGAUUCACUCACCAGAACAGGUUAGAUAUCGGAUGCUUCGU